AUGACUAGUGCUCAGGACAUCCAGACCCGUGUUAUUGGUGCCCCUAACACUCUCGAUUACCGUGUCUACCUCGAGUCGAAGUCGACCGGUCAGCCUCUUUCGGCCUUCCACGAUGUGCCGCUGUACGCUGAUGAGGCGAACGGCAUUCUGAACUUUAUCGUUGAGAUUCCCCGCUGGACCAAUGCCAAGGUGGAGAUCAGCAAGGAGGAUGCCUUUAACCCCUUCAAGCAGGAUACCAAAAAGGGUAAGUUGCGUUUCGUGCGCAACUCGUUCCCUCACAAGGGUUACAUCUGGAACUACGGUGCCUUCCCUCAGACCUGGGAGGACCCCUCGUUCACGCACCCUGACACCAAGGCUAAUGGUGACAAUGACCCCCUUGACGUCGUCGAAAUUGGUGAGCAAGUUGGCUACACCGGCCAGAUCAAACAGGUCAAGGUUCUCGGUGUCAUGGCCCUUCUUGACGAAGGUGAGACUGAUUGGAAGGUGAUUGUGAUCGACGUCAAUGAUCCUAUUGCUCCCAAGCUCAACGACAUCGAGGAUGUCGAGAAGCACCUUCCUGGCCUGAUUCGCGCCACCAACGAAUGGUUCCGCAUUUACAAGAUCCCUGACGGCAAGCCCGAAAACCAGUUCGCUUUUUCGGGUGAGGCCAAGAACAAGAGUUACGCGACUGAGGUCAUCCAUGAGUGCCACGAGGCUUGGCGCCGUCUGAUCGCUGGCCAGGCCAACGCCGGUGACAUCAAGCUCGAGAACUCGACGGUGCAGGGAAGCAAGGCUCAGGUUGGUCCUAACGACGCGGUUGUGGCCUCGAUCCCGACUGCCAACCCUCAGCCCCCGGCGCCCAUCGAUCCGAGCAUUGACAAGUGGUUCUUUAUCAGCUCGUCGAACUAA